UCACUGUUUGUUGUAUGCUAGAAUUUUAGUUGAAACAAGAGUAUUAAAAGGUGUAUCAAAAUGGAAUGUCUGAUUGGGAUACAAUUCAAAGACUUUGUGCUAGUCGCAGCCGAUAUGACUACAGCUCAUUCUAUUAUGGUUAUGAAAAAUGAUGAGCAAAAGAUUCACAAAAUCUCUAACAAACUCGUGAUGGCAGCAUCUGGAGAGUCUGGUGAUACAACACAAUUCUCAGAAUAUAUAGGAAAAAAUAUACAACUGUAUAAAAUGCGAAAUGGUUAUGAAUUAUCACCAAAAGCUGCAGCUUGCUUCACUAGAAAAAAUCUGGCUGAUUAUCUCAGGAGUAGAACACCAUAUUUUGUCAAUUUAUUGAUGGCAGGCUAUGAUGAUAAUACAGGUCCUGAAUUAUAUUUUAUUGAUUAUUUGGCAUCUUGUGUUAGAGUGCCUUACGCAGCACAUGGCUAUGGAGGAUUCUUUUCUUUGUCUAUUUUAGACAGAUACCACAAAUUAGACUCAACAGAGGAAGAAGCAUAUGUAUUAAUGAAAAAGUGUGUUCGAGAAAUUCAUAAACGGUUGAUAGUUAAUCUUCCAAACUUUAAGGUACAGAAGGUAUCUAAGGAUGGCAUAAAAGAUCUGGAACCAAUCACUGCAAAAAGCUUAGCAAUAGAAGAUGUUGCUAAAGCAUAAAGUGUAUGUUUUUAUUCAUUUAAUUUGUAAUAAUAUUAUUUUCACUUCAAAGAAUAAAAGCAAUUA